AUGUCGACAUUCCCUUGUUCGAUCGAAUGUCUACCGGGCGACGUGCACGUGUGGGGCGACCUGCUUAGUCGCUGGGGCUCCGCGCCGUCUGCGCCGCCCGUGGCGCAUGUGCGCAAGCUGUUGCACGUGGUGUCACCCUCUGCAGCGCGCUUAUUUCGAUUGGCCGACUGCUGCGUCGAUUUUGUACGCCCAAACGUCAUCUUUGGACGGGGGGAGACCAUCCCACCUGGCGUGGCCUGGAGCGAAGAAGACUCCUACUACAUGGACCCAGACGGGAGGAUCUGGGUGCAAGACGGUGCUGUCGACCUGCAGCAACGCCUCUGCGUUAUCGCUCACCAAGGCGCGGCAGGCCACCGUCGAAUUGCCACGACGACGAAGUCGGUGUCCGACGUGUUUAUUUGGACCACGCUGGCCCAAGACGUGGACACGUUUGUCCGAGCGUGCUUGCAAUGUCUCCAAGUGGAUGGAGAUGUGGUGCCGCGACCAUUGGGCUCGGCCCUGCACGCCGAGAAGCCCAAUGAGUUGAUUCACUUCGACUGGUUGUCAAUGCCGGAGUCGUGA